CAAAUACUGACAAGCAGCUGUAAUUCGAGUCAACCUGCUGUUUUCAACCCAGUUUUGGUCAGAGUUCCUAGGUUAGGGCUGCAUUCAGCAGCUGUAAUGCUGCCAAGGAUGCCUUCCUUGAGAAGGAGGAGGACAGGGAGCUGACGCCCGAAAUGAAGGGCGUAGGUCCCCGGGCACCGCGCUGGACCCCCCAAAAGCCGCUGUUUCUCGCGGUUAUCCUGCUCCUUAUUUCAGGAACAGUAUUAUGGUGGCCGGCGGGCGCCAGCAGCGACGCCCGGGGACCGAAGGUCCCGGCGACGAGUAGUCUCGUCCGCCGGAGCAAUUUGCGCGUGGUGUACGCAAAUGACAGCCUAGAUGACCCUAGGCAGCGCUCUGCGUUAUUGGACAUUUAUAACGCGACCGGAGGACCAGCAUGGAGCGUGGCGAACGCGAGCGUGCCUGGGGCCUCGCCGUGGGGAACCGAUGGCGUAUCGUAUUGCAGGUGGUUCGGCGUCACCUGCUGUGCCACGUCGCCGCUGUCUCUCGUGGAGUGCAAUGGGACGAACAGCGUCGUCAUUCUGAGCCUGGAGAACUUUGGGCUAGUUGGGUCGCUACCGGAGGCCUUCGGACAGCUACCAGAGCUGACAGUUUUGGCGCUUGCCAACAACCCGCGGCUGGUCGGCAGCCUUCCCAGCACGCUGGGUGGCGUGGCGCACCUGCUGUGGAUGUCUGUGGAAGACAGCGGGCUUGUGGCUUGUGCGGAGCCGGCGGCGGUGCCGUUUACUGGUCCAUGCACGCUGCCCAGCAGUCUGGUGUAUGCGGACAAGUACAAGCCCUAUGCCACAGACUCCAUGCUGUGCCCAGCCGCACUCCUGACGUCCUUCCUCGCCUAUACCACUGACGUACCACCGGACAUGUGGGACGUGCUCACGUCGCCGUUCCCCGCACCACCCACGCCAGGUGCUGUCAUUGCGAAGGGCAGCUUUACUCACUUCUACAACUGCAGCUGCAGCCGAAGGGGGGACAGCCUAGUUGUGCAGUCUGACAGUGGGGACGUGCAGUGCACGGCUUCUGGCGGCAGCGGCGGCAACGGCCGCAACGGGCUCAUCAUUGGCAUUGUCAUUGUGGCCAUCGUGCCGUGGCUGCUCGUCGCGGCGGCCGUAUAUAUAUGCGUUGUACAUAAGGCCACUCUCAACCGUCUGGUGAGGCGCAAGGAGGCCGAGAUGGCCCGGAAGCGCAGCAAGGUGCCGGGCACGCCGGGCGUGGCGCUUCAGAACGGCCGAGGCGUGCUGUCGCUGUCAGAUGUCAUGGUCACGUGGGUGGUGACGGACGUGGCGGCCAGCACGCAGCUCUGGGAGUGGAAGCCGGACGUGAUGGACCGUGCGAUAGAUAUGCACAAUGUGGCGCUGCGGCAGCUCAUGGACGAGUUUGGCGGUCAUGAGAUCCGCAACGAGGGGGAUUCCUUCACGCUGUCGUUCCACGACGCUGUAGAUGCUGUUAACUUCUGCUUGAAGGCGCAAGAGAAGUUGAUGACGGUGGACUGGCCGAAGGAGCUUGUGGACCACCAGCGGACCGCAACCGUGACCGUAGGAGACGUGACCUCCAACCCGGACGCGGCGGGCAAGGGCCCGCCACUUAUAGGCGGCUUACGCGUGCGCAUGGGGAUCAACACAGGCGUGCCUGACGACAUCUUCCUGCACGACCUGACCGACCACGUGGACUACCGGGGGCUGGAGUACGACCUGGCUGGGGAGAUCUGCGACCUGGCGGAGGGCGGCCAGAUCCUGAUGGGGCCGCGCACACUCCAAAGAUGGAACAAGGUCAACUACUCGGCGCUCAUAGACCCGCUGACGGCAGACCUGCUGCGGGACCAGCAGGGCGGCUCCUUCCUGCAGGGCGGCGGCGGCGGACUGGCGCACGGCACCAGUGGCCGGCGCGGCAGCGUGACCGGCUACGGCGGCAACCUGACCGGCGGUGGCAUGCUAGGCCUGGCGCGGGAAAGCACACAGCUGCCCAUGUACUAUGGGAGUCAGGUCGGCGUGCCCACGACGAACGGCAUGGGGCCUGUGACUGGCCCCGGUGGCACCGGGCCAGUGCUCUCUAUGAUGCCCACCUUCCGCCGCAACAGCGACACGCACCCGCUGGCGCCCGGCGCGGCUGCUGGUCCGUUCUCGAGGAUGAGCGACACGGCCAUGCCGCAUGAUGCGUCCGAUGAGGAAAUGGCAUCUUCAGCGCGGCCCAGUGGCCAUGCAGCUAGUACGCCAGCGGGCACCGGUGCCACUCGCUCGUUGCGGAUGUACCGGGCCAGCAGCCCGAGCAAGCGGGCGCCGCCUCCUCGGGCCGAUGGCCACAGCAGUGACGGGACUGGCGCUGGCGCCGGCGGGACACCAGGCACGGGCUCUGGCCCAAUGGGUGGCGCCUCGGCGGGGGCCGGCAGCGGCGGCAAACCGCAGAUGCUGAGCCCGCUUCUUGCGCAGCGCAAUCGCAGCAAGCUGGGCAGCCCGCGAGCAAUCCAGCACAGCAGCAUGUCGUACAACGACCGCACGCGUACAGCGGGUAUGCGUCCCGAGGAACUGGAGAAUGCGGGGCGGGCGCUCGGGUAUGGGUUCGGCGGCCGCAGUGUGCGGCGAGUCAAUAGCAUGGAAGGGUUAGCUCGGCUGCAUGCAGUGCGAGCGGCGGAGCUGGCAGCAGCAGCAGGCAGCGGCGGCGCCAGCGCGCGGUCAAGCAUUGCCGGCCGUCCAGCCGGCCCCAAUGGGCUGGGCAAGGACGCGGCUCUCAAUACUGGGGGGAACGCUACCGAGGCCUCCGAUGAGGACCGCGGCUCACCGCGGCGGCCAUCGCCGUCGCGGAACGCCUCUGGGCCGCUGCAGUCGCGAGUGUCGAACGCACGAGCAAGCAGCGCGGGCUUGCAGCAGGAUAACACUGGCCACAGCGGGGGCGGCCGGCGACGGACACCGCUGCAUAUGGAGGAUCCGGACGAUGUGGCGUCAGCACCACUACCGGUGCCCGCAGGGUUGCAGCGCUGGUUGUCGCAUGGGUGGCGGGGCUUGCCUGGGCCAGCAUUACCGCGUCCGCAAGCCACGUCAGGGCCUGGGAUUCAGAUGUCCACGGCGUCUGCAGGCACCGCAGCGCAGGGAGCCGCGUCUAUGCCUACCGGCUCAGCAGCAAGCAUGAGCGGGGGGCCGCGCGUUGGUCCUGGCGGGUCACGGGUGCUAUGGUCGCGCAUGAACGGUGGAAUCCCGCCAGGCUCAGCUUUGCUGAACCCAGGAGCCGGCGGCGGCGGCGCGCGAGCGUCAGCAGGCAAUGCCCCAGUGCCUGUUGCGCCCAGCCUCGUUGCAGGCGGCCACAGUAACGGCAGUGAGCGGAUGGAGGGUCCUUCAUCACAGCCGCUGCAGCAGUUGACGCAUGAGGAGGAGGUCGCGGCGCCAGCUGUGCAGCCACGGACACUGAGCCGCGUUGCCUCGCUGCCUGCCUCAGCAGCCGGUGCGGUGGCGGCGGGGCUCUCACGGCUUGCCGCGCUGUCAACAUGGCAGCGCCGAGGCGACGGCUCUGAUGUGCCUUCCCGCGAGGGCUCGUUACGGCACCACAACCCGCUCUACCUUCGUAACCACUCCCGCGACGGCCCUGGCAGUCGAGGCGAUUCGGGGCCGGGGACGCCAGUGCGACUCGACUCCCAUCAACAGCCGCACCUGCAGCAGCCGCCAGGCCAUACCUCUGGAGCCGGCCUGCCGCCAGUCAGUGGCCCCAUCUCGGCGGUGCACACGGCCGUUUUGUCAGGAAACGGCGGCGCGUCAGACGAUAGUCCUGGGCCCGGCCCUGGGCCCGGACCAGCGUUGAUGCCGAUGCCCACGUUUGGCCACAUGCUGUCCCUGAACCGGGGUGGGCCCCUGGUAGUCGGUGGUGCACAGUCGGCGCCUUUCCUCAACACCAGUCCUCUGGGCCCGACAGCAGCGGGGCCGCCCUCUGCCAACACCGACGUGUCUCGCGGCAGUCGGCGCGGCCCACCUGGCCCGCCGCGCAUGUCCCUGAACACUGACGCUGGGCUGGGGCUGCACCCGCUGCUGCUGAACCCCAUGACUCCGGGCAGUGGCGGGGUACCCAUGAUGGGCCACCCGCUGCUGUCGCGGCUACCGACCGGCCGCGUGUCGUUGCCCAGCGCGGGCAUGAACAGCCGGCCGAGCCCGCUGGGGCUGAAUGUGGCGCUGGGGACAGACAGCGGGAUGAUUGGCGCGCCGCAGUCGCCCAUGGCUGGUGAAGGUGGCGGCGGGGGCAUGCUGGAGCCCGGGCCGACAGGGGACAGCAUGACGGGCGCUGGGGGCACGUUGAUGCGUGGCUUGACGGCAGCGUCAAUUUUCCGGCGAGUGACGUACGGCGAGCAAGACGGCAACCCUGCCACCGGCGGGAGUGCGCAUCUGGCAUCCGGGGCUGGGAACGGCGACAGCGGCGGGCUGACCCAAAUGAAGGGGCAGCAGGGAGGGCUGGGCGGCACGCCUCACCCGCAGCUUUCAUACCCCAACAACACCACCGGCGGCGGCUACUAUCCCGGGGACAUGGUGGAGCAGGACGGGCUGGGCAGCGGCAAUGCCGCCAGCUUGGGAGGGCCUGUCGGCAUGCGCGGCGGCGGUAGUGGCAGCGCGGAAACGUCGCUGCUGCUUCGGAUGCUGGGCGCAAUCCAGGCGCUGUGGCGGGAUCUUGUGGGCGCCUUCAGCUCCAUGCUGCGCCGCUGCCUGCGCUGUGUGCGGCUGCUCACCAGCAGCGACGACGAUCCAGGGGACGUGGACAUGUGGGCUCAUGCGGACAGCACCAUUGUAGGCGCGGGCGGCGGUCUGGGCGCCGGCACGCACAAGAGCGCCGCCGCCGGGGUCAAGGCCACGGAGACCAAGGGCGUGCUUGUGGACAUGGGCUACUACAACUUCAUGUCAGUGGACUACAAUGGCCAGGGGCCCGUGGGCCACUACGUGCACCUGAUGCAGGUGGUGCCCGCCUCCGUGGCGCCGCGCGUGCUGCUGUUCCCCUGGCCGCUGUCACUACCCGUGGGCUGGGAGAAGAUCUCGCCCGGCUUCUUUGAUGCGCCCGGCAGUGCUCGGCUGCUGUUCCCAGCCAUGCGCGAGCUGAUGGGCGCGGACGUGCAGUCCAUGCGGCCGGUGGUGACGGUGGCGUUCUCCUCCAUUGAGGGAUUCAAGGAGCUGUCGGCGGUUAACGUGGAGGCGGCGCGCGAGGUGCUGCAGCUGCAUAAUGCGGCGGUACGGGAGACGCUGUCCACCUGCAACGGCUACGAGUGCAAGGAGUUCAACGGCUCCUUCAUGACCACCUUCGCCAUGCCCACGGGCGCGGUGGAGUGGGCCCUGACGCUGCAGCUGGCACUUGUGGCCAUUCCCUGGCCGGAGGACUUGCUGGCGUGCGAGCAGGCCGCCAUUGUGCUGCACCCCGAGACGGACCAGGUGCUGUUCAGGGGCCUGCGGUGCCGCGUGGGCAUCUACGCCGGGCCCAUCGACCGCGUGACCCCGCACCCCAAGACCGGCCGCGCCGACUACUUCGGACAGCCUGUCAACCGCGCUGCCCGGCUGAUGACGGCGGCACAAGGCGGUCAGGUGGUGCUGGAUCAGAACCUACUGGAUGAGGUGCUUGACGAGUGGCGACGGCGGCAGGAGGUGCGCCGGCUGGCUACCAUCCCCUCGGACGACGGUGGUGGUGGCUCACCGCCAGAUGAGACGGGCGGUGCCAUGACGCCGUCUGAUAUUCGCACGGCUCGUUCCUUCGUGUCCGCCAAGUCCAGCCACCGUAUGGUGAAGCAAAGCAGCGCUGUGGGCAGCCAGUCUGUCAUCGCCAGCUCCAACCCUUCCAUCACCAACCUGCCAGAGCUGUCCAUGCAACACCUCAGCCCUCGCGGCGAGGGGUCGCUUGCCAGUGGCGCAGCAGGCCUGAUCGGGGGCGUCGACGGCGCCCCCACCAGCCCUUUCGGCAGCCCUCACGGCAGCAUCCUUGUCAAGCCCGUGCCCACGCACACGCUGCGCGACUACAACACGGACGGCUCGCUCAGCCCGCGCGGCUCACUGCAUCGCACGCUGAGUCCCGCCGGUAGCAGCAGCACGGCGGCGGCAGGAGCGGGUGCGCUGAACAACGGCAGCGCCGGCGGAGUGGUCAGUGGUGGUGGCGCAGGUGCCAACGCCAGCGGUGCGAACCCUGGUCGGCCGCUGGAGAGGCUGCUGCUAGAGCAGCGCGUGCAGCGCAGCGCGCGCAGCGAGCCGCGCAUCCAGCGUGUCAGCCGCUUCGGUGUCAACCUGCCGCCCUCCAUGCGUGGCGGCUCAGGCAUUGGACCGGCGCCCGGGCCGAACCCGGAUGCAGGCGGCAGCAACCACGCGCUCUUGUCGCCGCGGGAUGGAGCAGGUGGAACGAGUGUGGGUGGUGACAGCGUGGGGGGCACGGCAAGCAACAGAGGCCAGAUGCCCGUAUCCUCUCCGUCAGGAGCUGCUGCGGGUGCCUUGCUGCCUCCGUGGGGAGCGAGUGAGGGCGGCGGCAACAUGGCGUCAACGCACUCGCCGGCGGGCGCCGCUGGACUGCUCCGGCGCUCCCCAGGCGGCCGCGUGCCUACCAGCCCUCGUGGCCUGCUGAUAGCGGCGACUGCAGGCCACGUUUCCAAUCUCGGGCCCAGCCCACCCAUCGGCAGUCCAGCGGUGAUGCACCGCGACGGCGGUGGCCACGGCGGCCCAGCGCCCAGCAUUGCACACAUGAGUUGGCUGAGCCAGGCACUGCUGACGAGGACCAGCCCCGGCGGCUCCGUGCACAGCUCAAUCGUGGGGCCGGCACAGGUAGAGUCGGGCUCGUAUGGGCUGGCGCCGGGCCUGGAGCUGCAACCAGCGGAGUGGGACCCGGCAGCGCGGGCCGGCGGCGGUGCGCCCCGGGCGCGGCGGCGGCAGCGCCGCGCGUCCAUCGGCGCCAUUGUGGAAAACAUGCUGGUGCAGGGCCGCAAGGCCAGCAUCACGGGAGGCCAGGGUAGCAGCCACCUAGGGCGCGCCGCAGCGGGCGAGCGGGCAGCCAGCGGCCACCCCUCAGUUCCUGGCGCCAGCGGGGCCGUCAGUGUCAGCCGUAUCAACCCGGUUGCAGCGCUGGCACGGCUGCUUCCCGGAUCCCCGCACAGCCACAGUGGUGGGGGCGCGCUGUCGGAUAGGCACGGCGGGCACGGGGAUGGCGCUGCUGGAGGUGGCGGGCGCGCGCAGCUGCACGUCCACGUCGGUGACAACCCUGACUCGCCCUCUAGCAACCAGAUCAUCAGCCCGCGCUCCCCGACCAACCUUAUGAGCAUGCUGGUGCGCCGCAUGGCCUCUAGCCCUCUGGGACAGCUGCCGCCCGGGACCUCGGCCGGUGGCGCAAACGCGCUGCCGCCCGCGGCGCUCGCUGCCAGUGGCAGUGCGACCGGCGGCUCUGCCUCUGCUGCGGGUGACCACACUCCGAGGCGGCAUCCGAGAAGCAGCCACGGCGGUAACGCGGCUCAAGGCGGAGCCGCCGGCGGCAGCGGAGGUACAGGCGGUAGUGGCGGUCGCAGCCGCGGCAGCGCGCGAGGGCCGUCAUGGAGCGGAGCGCACGGAGUGCCUGGUAGCCGGCAGUCCAAUUUAGCCGGGCAGCAACCCGGGCAGCAGGUCGGGUCGCCCAGCCUGCCACAGCAGCUGUCAGAGUCCGCAGCGUCGAGGCUCCGGCACCACCAUCACCAUCAUCACCACCCACGCAUGCCGCCACCUCCGCCCCCAUCGCCACCGCACGCGGGUGCAUCGCCAGCUCGUGGUGCCAGCGGCGCUGCCCCUCCCUUUGACAGGCCGCAGCUGCCUGCGUCUCUACCAAACGCAGACGAUGGCCGACCCCACGCUCAAUCGCACCGCGCUCUUCCCAUGCAGCCAGCACACUUGCAGCAGCAUCGAUCCACUCCGCUGUUGGACUACCCGCUCCUGUCGGAAGAGCUGCAGCCCCCGAGCACCGUGGCGAAAGGCUCGGAUGGCCGUGCCGGGUCCCACACGCCGCCACGCUCUCCACCCCUGAUGCAGUUCCACCAACAGCAGCUGCCGCCUUCCGUUGCUCCUGCCUACAUGCAGCAUCACAGUGCCCGCCCCGGAGUGCUUGGGCGUGACGACCUGCCAAACAUCGGCUCCCCGGCGAUGAGCACCGGCGGUACAUCGGGUGCCCCCUACGCCGCGUUGCUGAUGGCCAGCCGCGGCAGUGUUGGCGGCGCGCCGGGUGCGGAGGGAGGCGGGGUGGUCAGUGGGAACUACGCGGAGGCACACAUUGGCGUGCACCCUCGGCAUCAGCCGGCUACGGCAACUCUGGCCCCUACCUCGGCUGAGCCAUUCGGCAAUGAGUCCCACACCGCAGUUCUGUCAGCAGCUGCCACCGCAGCUGCGCGUGCUGCGGCGGAGGUACAGCGCUCAUCGCGUACAUCCACGGCCACCGGCGUGCGGUGUCAGUCCCCGUCGGUCAUGUCGCAACUGGCCAGCAGAGCGGACGUUGCGGGGGCCGCUGGCAUCGCGUCGCGUCCCUCUGGCGACCAGUCAGAUCAGCUGUCGCCACUGAUGAUGCCGCCGUCGUUCGACGGCUCCGCUAACUCGCCACUUGGGCUUGUCUUGGAUGGCAGCAACCGCCGCGUUGUCUACGCUCGCAACAGCAGCUCCUUCGUGCUGAGCCAGUUUGAGGGCGCCGAUGUGACCUUUGCAGCCAACGUGCAAGUGCAGCGCAGCUCUGACAACACUGUGACCAGCAGCGGCCCGCUGCAGCAGGCGGGCGACGGCGGCAACGCCGGGAACGCAGCAUCAGGCGGACGCACGGGCGCGGCCGCAGCCACCGCUGGCGCCACGGAGGCCCAAGCUUUAGCGCUAGACGCAGCGGCAGUCGGCGCAGCUGCCCUGGAUGCGGUCGUGGGCGCGGCGCGGGCGAGCCAGCCGGGCGGGAUGCGGCACUGUCGGACUGACGGCGGCGCGCCGCAAGCUCUUGAUGGCCCCACCAGCGCCAACCUGAGCGAUGAUCUCAACAUCAACAACGGCAGCCUUGCCAAUCGGCUCAAUGUUCCCACGCCCAUGCUCAACCGUGGCGGUUACAAUGGCCACGCGGCAUCUGGCGAGGCCAACAGCUUUGUCAUGCACGGCAACCCCAUGUUCGGCACGCACACGACCCCGGGUUGCACAACGCACGGCGGCGGCGCCACGACUGAUGGUGGCGAGGUGAGCUGCACGGUGCCGCAGGCGGCUUCACCGCUUCCGGCGGGCGUUAGCCGUUGGCGCGGCAGCUCCACAGGCGAGCCUGACGACCUGGGCCCCCGGUCACUUGACAUGUACGCCACGGCGGCGGCAACGCACGCACGCGCUGCAGCAGCGCAGCGUGCGAGCCCGGCGCGGUCCACCUCGCAGACGGGCUACGCGAGACCACCGCCGUCGCCGCCACUGAAGGCCUCGCCGCAGCCCUCACAGCAGCUUCCCCACGCCUCGGCAAGCAGCGCCGGGCCCGACGGGCCGGGCAGCAGCAACGCGUUUUUCCGGGGCCUGCCACCUGCGCACCCGAACACUAUGUCUCCGCCGCAGCACAUGGUGCCCGCUGCCCUAUCGCGGCGACGCUCCUCGGACGGCCCGCCGCCCGCGCCAUCGUACCACUACCCUGGCUCACAGGCGCAGCUAGCAGCGGCAGCAUCCGGCGGAAGCGGAAGCGUCCGGACCGGCGCGCACGCUAGCGGUGGCAGCGGUAUUGCUUCGGUCGGCGUUGGCGGCUCGCAGCGACGCUUCAGCCGCAACAGCAGCGGUGGUAUGCAGUACUCGUCACCCGUCGGCGCGCCGCCAAUUCCCAUGGGCAAUGGUCUGGAGAGCCCUGCCGCCAGUGAUGCAUACGGCUACACGUACGGACGCAGCACAACGCACGACGACAUACAAUCGCCUACAAUGCACGCCACUGCUGGCGGCCCGGGCAGCGCUGUGCCGCCAGUCCGUAAGGAUACGCAGGGCUACAAGACUACCUUGUCUGGGUCCCUGUACGGCAGCGCAGGCGGCCGCGGCGCAUCAGCUUUCAUGUCGUCGUUCGACGCUGGUGCGCCCGCGUCCGCAGGCGGCGGUGUCCUGAUCGACCGGGCCAGCGGUGGAAAUGGCCCGGUGCUGGUGGCGGGCGGCAUACACGUAGGCCAUGUUGCCAGUGGUGCUGGCACAGCAUCUGGCGGAGUGCCGUUCUUUGUUGCAGACUCACCCGCGCGUACCAGCGUUGGAAUGUCAGGGGCCGGCAAUCAUGCGGCUUCAGCGCUGCAGCGCUCUGCCACCGCGGCCAUCACCCCGGCUCCCAUGUCAGCGACAUCGGCAAUGGCAGGGCCUGCGGAGCAUGGCGCCCGCCGGCGCGCCUCCUCUGGAACCAACGGCGUGUCGCUGCGCCUUGCUGCAGAGGCGGCCAUUAGCCAGAUGCAGCUUAUGAGCGGCGCCGCCGGCGCGGUAGCUGGCGCGCAUGGGUACGGGCAGAGCAGUAUUCACGGAGCAACCGGCGUCGUCGGAUCGGGAAGCGCUGGUGGUGCCAAUACAAAUUCCACUGCCGGUGGCGGAACUUCGCAGGGCCUUGGCCAGUCGCACAGCGGCAGCAGCCAACAGGCGCUCACGCCCUCCCGUGUGCUCCGGAAGAGCACCAGCAGCCGGGGGCGCCACGGUCGUGUCGGCGGCGCUUCCUGCGACCCAGCUAUGCUCACGCACGGCGGCGCCCCGUCUGCUGGGUCUAUCUUGGGUACGGGUGCUGGUGGCUCCACGACAGGUGCAGCAGUUGCUGGGAACAGUGGGGCGCUACCCACACCACGCCCGCUGCGCACUGUAAGCGCGCGGCGUGCACGCGGUGCCUACGACAUUGCUGCAGCUGCCAGCGCUGCAGGCGGCGGCUUCGUUUUGCCUCAAGCUGUGGAGCAGCUAGCUGCAUUCGUGUCUGCGCACGGCGGCCUGGACAUUCGUGCCUCACCGCCACUGGACCGGCUCGGCGGCAGCGUAGUGACGCCACGCAGCAACGCACAGGUGCCGGGAGCGCCUCCGCCAGCUGGUGGCAGCCUCGGGCCCCCGGGCAUCUUGCAGCGCGGUGAACCGAACCUGCUGUCGCUGCGUCGAAGCGCGCCAGGCCACCCGCUUGCAACGGCCAUGGCAACGGCAGCCACUUCAAGCAAUCACGCCCUUGUCACUGCCGCCGCUGGCGGCGGCCCAACCGGACAAGGCUACGCCCUGACGCGUGCUUUUGGCUCAACCUAUGGCGUAGGCCUGCCGCCGCCGCUUUUUUCCCAAUCCCUGUCACCCUCUACAUCGACUGCCUACGAGUCUGGUGCGGCGACGCUGCCGGUGUCGCUGUCAACGCACGGCCCCGCUUUGGCGGCUCCCGAUGGCGCCGGGCGUGUGUCCUCGACCAGCCACACCGGGCUCAAUCCUGGAGGCUCCGGUGGCGUCGGAAGUCCGUCUGCGACGACGUACAGUCGCCACGCCACUGCGGAGCAGCUCAUGACGCCGCCCUCCGGUGCAGACCGGCUCGAGCGGACCAGCAACGUGCCGCCGUCCGCGUCUCGCCGCAACGUCGCCAGCGCGCUGGCGGCUGCUGCGGCUGCUGCAGUGGCUGCGCAGCCUGGUGUACCGGGGGUCCCGGGUGCUGCUGCAGCCGGCGUUCGCGGCUUGCGGUCAAGCAUGCCCACGCUGCCGUCGCUGGCCGCUGCCGCUGCACCUGUCGGCAGCGACACCACGAUGGCAGGAGUGGCCGGCGGAGGCGGAGGCGCCAGCGGUAGCAACACGGACCGGGGACCCAGCAUGGCGUCACACCUGGCCCGCCUGCGCGCUAGCCACCAGUCCCUCCCGGAGGAUGCGCUGUCCCAGGCCGGCACCUCCGUCUCCCGUGAGGCGCCGCGGCCCUCAGAUGCCGCUGCGCGCUCGCGCUGGCGCUCACCGCGCACGCCGCCCAAUGGCACUGCCGACGGCGACGCCAGCGGCUCCGUUAGCGCUGCCAACGCGGGGGUGUCGCUGGAGAAGCUCUCGCACCCAGGCGGCCCCUUGGACGCGGCCAUGCCGGCAGCCAAUGCCAGCUUGGCCGCAUCUACCACAGGCAACACCAUGCCGGGCGUGAGCGGCGGCGCCACCGCCGGCGCAAGCCAGGCAGGAGGCGGCACCACUGCCGGCGGCGGCGCUGCCGGUGCCGGUGGGGCACCGAAGACUGACAAGGACAAGGAGAGCCGCCCCGCGGUGAUGGCUGAAUGCUACAAGAUCACGCAGCAGCCAGCGGGUGGCAUGGGUGGUGGCGGUAAUGAAGUGGCGCAGAGCAUUACCAUGAUCAAGUACACCAACCUCAAGCAGGAGCUGGAGCGGGCGGAGGAGGGCGAGGGCGACGACGUGCCGGUGCCCACCAACAUGCUGCUGGUGCCCACCGUGGCUGUGGACGUUGCCAUCUGGAGCCUGGGCUCCUUCAGGCUCAAGGGCGUGACAGAGCCGAUCAAGAUUGUGCAGGUGCUGCCGGUCAGCCUGGAGGGCCGCCUGUCGAUCCUCAACAAGGCCGGGCUGAACCGUGGCAAGGCGCGCUGCAUCGAGCGCCGCGUGGCCUGCCUGGAGGUGCUCACGCUGCAGCUGCCGGACGUGUCGCGCCUCUCGUGCGUCAGCAUGGCGAGUGGUGGCGGCACGCCUGGCGGCGAGGAGGAUCUGGGCCCCAGCGGUGCGUAUGGAGGCGAGGGCGGUGAUGGCGGCGGCUACGACGGCGGUGGCUAUGGCCAGGUGGACAUGAUGGGUGGGAUGGAGGAUGCAUUCGCCACGAACGCGACCGCCAUGGCCACGGACCAGUUCCUGGGGACAGGCCCGGGCGGGGGGCAGUGGCAGCCUGCGGACCUCAUUGCGGUGGACGGCGUACCGGGCCUGGGCGCUGCCGGCGGGCAGCACGGCACGCUUGCCCCUCCGCACUCGUACCCCGCGGCCGCGAUCCAACACGGCAUCUACGCUGGUCCAGGCGGAGCAGGCACCGGUGCUGGCGUCGGUAUGGGCGGCGGGACCGCGUCCAUAUCGCUGUCGCUCAUGCAGCACCCGCCCAGCGACUUGUCAGGGCGUUGGAUGCCACCAGGCAUGCGGGGCAACAACCCGCUACGGGACAUGGACAGCUCGGAGGCGGGCCUGCCGCCCAUCUCGGAAGUGGUGACGCCCGUCAGCAGCCCCAUCGGCCAGCGCUCACGCUCCGGCGUCCUGUCGCAGCCCGGAGGCAGCUUGGCAUUGCAGCAGGCCGCCAGCGUGGGCGGCGGCGGACUGCCGCAGGCGCCGAGCGGCAGCUUGGGCGCCGGAAUGGUGCCCGCAUCGGGUGCGGAUGGCCUUCCUAGCGGGGGCAGUAGUGGAAGCGGACUGGGACGGCGGCGGGGCGUGUACCCGCCGCCGCCGGUAGCUAUACCAGAUGGCCCGAAAUCGCCGCCUGGCGGCAAUAUCAUUUCGGACGUCGUAGCACUGCCGCCGCCACCGCCACCACCCACAUUCUUGCAGGCCCCUUCGCAGCAGCAGCAGCAGCGGCAGCAACAGUCACGGCAGCUACCCCUGCCGCCGCACGGCACCGCGCUGCAGCAGGCAGCGGCGGCAGCAGCGGCCACAGCAGUUGCCACUUCGGGCCCGGCUGCACCCGGCUUUGUCACCAUGGCAUCCACCAGCAGCUUCGACCCUGACACGUCUCGCCCCGAAUCCUCGCCGUGGUCAAUUAGCCUUUCGUACGCUGCGCACCGCCAGCAGGUCCUGGCCGCAGCAGCCGGCGGCGCCGGCUCAUACACCAUGUCGCCUGCGGGCACCGGCCCCCAUCGCCACGUGCCCAGCGGCGGCCUUGGCAGCGCAGCGCUGUCAGGUGGCAGCGACAGCGGUGGCGAGGCGUUGCGCAACUACCAGCACCGACAGGCGGGCCGGAACGGCGCCAGUGGCAACGGCCGGACGUCGCCCUACGGCCCUGCAAGCAUGUGGCCGCAAACGUCGCCGCGCUACCAACCGCAGCCGCAGCUGGGGGCGGUGGGUGACGGCACCUCGCCGGGUGGCGGCGCCGUGCCGCACAGCACAGGGCUGCUGCCCAGCUCCCUGUCGUACAUGGCCACCAACAACCCGUACGGCAGCCAGGCCGGAGGAGACCGAGGCAUCAUCGUCGGUGGCGGCGGCAACCACACCGCCUCGGGUGAUAGCCGCGACCCCAUUGGGCGCGGCUACGCCGCCAUGCUGGCCGCGGGCAUGGCCGUGCACAGCGUCGGCGGCGAGGACCCUGCCGACAGCGUGAUGAGCCAUCGCGGCUCGGGGCAGGGAGGCGGCAGCAACCACACGGGGCUGCUGCACACAAACAGCUCAGGCGCGCACGGUAGGUUACCGCUGCAACAUCAGGACUACCACGCAGCAACAGCCGAGGCAGCUGCUGCUGACGGCGGCUACCACGCCAUGGCACCCCCUGCGCUGGCGACUGAACGCUCGUCUACUGGCAAUGUGCCGUCCAGCACGGUGUCACCGCUGCUGAUCGAUCGCGUCUCCUCAGGCUUCUACCGGCCCUACUCCUCAGGCUAUGCGCCCGGUGGCCCGCCGCUGACGGACCGGUCGUCGUCCGGGCGGUACCCGCCGCCCAGCGGCACCGCCACUGGCAUCACGCCCUCGGACCGCACUUCGUCGGGCCGCUACCCGCCCGGCAUGCUGCCGCCCGGCAUCUCGUUGACCACUGACCGCUCCUCCUCCGGGCGUCGGAACCCUGGCAGCAGCUUCGGCCGGAGCGAGGCUGCGUUAGACAUACCGGUCUUCUCGCCGCACGGCAGCGGCCUGCCGCCGCUUCCCGAGGUCGCCUCGCCCGGCGCUCCAGCCGACUAUCAGCCUGAUGCAUAUCCGCAGCGCCACUACCACCGCAGCACGUCUGGCAGCAGCGCAGGCGGCAGCCCUGGCGGCAGCGACAGCGGCCGCUACAAUCGCAACCCCAGCCAGAAGGGUGGCAUGCCCAGCCGCCUGGGACCCACGCGCAGCUUCACAACUGCAGCGAAGACGCGGCAGGAUUCAGGGCCGUGCGGUGGCAGUGAUGGCGAGGAGGCAGACGGUGAGGGCGAGGAUAUGGAAGAGCAGCAGCGGUGGCUGGAGGAUGAGCACAGCCCUCCAGGCGACCCGUCCGACUACCGGUACCACGACCACCACCAGCAGCAGCACCAGCAGGCGCAGCAGCUGCAAAUGCCGGGGCACGGACAGGCCGCCGUGAACAGCGUGGACAGCGGCUCGGGCGCCCUCGGAGGCUAUGCUGGCAGCGGCUAUGGCGGCAGUGGUUAUGGCGGGAGUGGGUAUGCGGGCAGCGGCAUGAGCGGAGUUGCCGCGUCAGACGCGCGCCGGGUGCCAACGUUUGCGACGCUGGUGCCGCAGGGCUCGCACGCCUCCACUGACCUGCUGGAUAUCAGCGCGUCCGUGCGCUCAAGCAUGGCUGGUUCAGGGGCGCUGGGUCCGCGCGUUGGCCGUGUUAGUACCAACAUGCUUGCGGGCAUGACCCCGGUGGACAGCCUGCGGACCUUUGGUUUGCGCCACCUGCCAGAGCAGCAGCAGACCUCGGCGAGCGACCUUCUGCGCCCAUUUGAGGAGGGCGGCCAUGAGAGCUACGCGCCGCAGCGCGGCUAAUAAUGCGUGGGCAUGCGUAGGAGAACAGUGGCGAGCGGGGCGCCUAGGAGGGGGGCCCUAGGAGGGAUAGUAUCGGCAGUUGUCCCGGGCCCAGGACGCAGUAGCAAGAGGAGGGUGAGCCGUUAGAUGCUUGUAGAAUGAUCAGAACUGGUGGGGUAAUACCCAGGUGGAAUGGUACUUGCGGGCGUUGGUAUCAGGAAUGGCGCUGCUCACAGGAACUAAAGGACUCGAAACGAACGAGCUACAUACGAAUUGGUGUCGGCCGAGUACGUGCCAUAGGUCCUGUGUGGUGAUGUGUUCUGGGGAUCAAGGUGUGGUGGUGUUACUGCCUCUUUGGCAGUCGGGGUCGGUGCCCUAGCGACGCUGAGGUGCAGCUGGAGGUGGAUUUGGGAAGACCCCGACGUGCCGACUUUGUGGGAAUGGAUCCGGAGGGGCGACUCAGCAUUCGGCGCCUCGACUGCAAAUGCGAUUUCCUGCAAGCCAAGAACUGCUGGUGCCGGAUGCUGUUCUUGUUUACAAUUGUUCAUGCAUUACGUUGUGUAGUGCGUCAGUGGUCAAGUCCGCGAUGUCAAGUCCGCAAUGGAUUACACACACACGAUGGCAGGCGUGCGGUCGCCCAUGGGGACUAUUUAGCCACAUUGUAGUAUUGUAAGCCUGUUUGAUU